AAGCAGGCUGAUUUGCUGGACCUACUUGUAUUUUUUUCACGCACUCACUACUUGUGGUUUGUCUCCAUUGCCAUGUGAGUUGCGUGACGAACUCCGUACAUGCGAGGAAGCUGUUUGGAGAAGCAGAAGUGCUGCCAGAUUUGGGCUGUGGAAGGAAGUUUGCCAAGAGGCACGUCUUUCUAUUAACCAGCAGAUAUCUUGAACUGUGGGACUUGCAUGCAUGUAGCAUAUGCUUUCUUUCACAGCAACAUUAUCUUGGGCUGUUUUGUCUUUCACUGUUUGCAUUCCAGCAACACAAGAUCUGCCCUGCGGUGGAGUAUGGAGCCGGAUUCUGAGAGCAGACAUUGCCUUGUGGCCGGAACUUCUAGUAAGCCCGAAGAGGAAAAAGCAGAGGAUACUGAGAGCGGCAUCAGUUGUGCCCUAGACGGAGGUGGGCCUCCUUUCAGGGAAAAGUGGGAGAAUGUGGAUCUGAAACCUGGCAGAGAAACCCCCAAGAAACAACUCUGUGGCUAUUUAAACAAAUUUUCUGCAAAAGCCCCAAUCAAGACCUGGAAGUCGCGUUGGUUCGUCUACGAUGAAAACAAAUGCAACUUACUUUACUACAGGACAGCACAGGACAUGAACCCUCUGGGGAGCAUAGAGCUAUCCAGCGCUAGCUUUGAUCUUAAGGUGGGAGCGGAAGAGGGCGUUUUUGAAAUCAGGACCCCCAGCAAAGCAUUUAUCCUUCAGGCUGUCGACAAACAGACCAUGAUAUACUGGUUGCAGCAGUUGCAGAUAAAACGCUGGGAGUUCUGUAGUAACCAGACUAGAAGUCCGGCAGAAGAUGACACAGAUUUCCCCUGUGUGAAGGACGCCACACUUAACAAUACAGAGGCAGAACAUGAGUUUUUGCCCCCUGUGAAAACCCCCACAGAUGUCGUCGGCCCGAAGGCAGCCUCUCUCCCAGCGCCUCUGCAGCCUUCUCACGCUCUUCAGAACAUCUCCCUCAAGCAUCCUUGGAUUGAAAUACAGAACAGAGUACAUAAUCUUUAUGGUAGCUGGCAGAGCCGGAGGGACAAUGGUGGCAUGUCUUGUUUUGAGGGAAUCCAAGAUGACCUUGAAAACGCAGCCGAUGAAGAGCAGGCAGAAACUGAAGCAGAAGAUGCAGGCGCAACAGAGAUGCAGAAGGAUCCAAAGUCAAGGCUAAAACCACCUUUGGUUAGAAAAGACAAAAAGGAAAGCAGGAGCUUGCGUUGUUUUGCUGAAGGGGCAAGAGAUGGGAGAACAGCUUCUCUUCAGCACCAAAUUUUGGUCCUUGAAGAGGAUGUCAAAGCUCAGAAGGAACUGGUUAAGCUUCUCCACAAAGCCCUGGAGGCAGCCCAGCAAGAGAAACGAGAGUCCUGCAGGUACUUGGUCACAGCAAAGGAGGAGGAUAGGCUGGAGCUGGUGAGGCACAAAGUGAGGCAGAUUGCCGAGCUGAAUAAACAGGUUGAAGCGCUGGAGAUGGAGAAGAAGGAGCUGGAGCAGGGCCUGGCUUUGAAGGACGAGCACAUCGGGGAGCUGAAGGCCCACGUGCAGCUCCUGAUGGACAAAAACCAGGCCAAGCAACAAGUCAUCCUGAAGCUGACGGAGCAACUCGCCAGAGACAUGCCUGACUCUGUUGGGGAGGCAGACGCCAUUCCCAUGGAGACCUUGUACAAGCAGCAGGAAGAGAUCGAACAUCUGAAGGAUGACUUAGAAGCGUACAAGAUUCAGAACCAAUUUCUGAACUGCGAAAUCCACCAGGUUACGAAAAUCUGGAGCACGGUAGCUCAGAAAGAGAAGACCCUACUGAUGAAGUGUGCUCGUCUGCAAGCCCACAACUGCCAGAUUGAGAGCAAGUACCUGAUGAUUCUGCGGAAGCUGCAAGGCCUACCGGACUUUGCCAGUGAACAUGUGGAAAUGCUGAAGGGCCUUAUCCAGGAAGCACUUCAGUGGGGUGUGAAGGAGGAAGCCAUGAUCCCUGUACAUCUGAGCCCAAUCAACCAGUACGAUGACUAUGGGUUUAUGACAAUUCCUGAGUACGAAGCUGCGGACUGGAAGCUUCUGGCAAAAAUCCAGGCUCUGGAGAUCAAAUCCAGUAAUCUCCUGAACCAGGAUGCCAUGGAGGAAACUCUCUCUGACCGGUGGAAUAAUCUUGGGGAACUAACUCCCUCCUCAGAGCUAAAGAGCUUGCUGCGCUGUGGCGUCCCAAUAGAGCACCGCCAACGAGUGUGGAGAUGGAUUGUGAGCAGGCGGGUGCAGCACGUUCGCUCUCCAGGCCAUUACCAAAACUUGCUCCAGAAGUGUGAAGCCGCUGAGCACCCAGCUUCCCGACAGAUUGAACUGGAUCUGCCUCGCACGCUCACCAACAACAGGCACUUCAAUCCACCCGCUUCCCAGCUUCUUCCCAAACUCCGAAGGAUUUUGCUUGCAUUCUCUCUGCAAAAUCCCACCAUUGGCUAUUGCCAGGGACUGAACAGAUUGGCAGCCAUUGCACUACUGGUUCUAGAGGAAGAGGAAAUAGCUUUCUGGUGCCUAGUUCAUAUCACUGAAAACCUAAUGCCUCCAGAUUAUUAUAGCAACACACUAAUAGGCUCACAAGUGGAUCAAAGAGUCUUUAAAGAUUUCUUGUCAGAGAAGCUUCCCAGGCUGGCAGCUCAUCUGGAGCAGCACCGAAUCGACUGCCUGGUGACCUUCAAUUGGUUCUUGGUUGUAUUUGUAGACAGUCUUGUUAGCGAUAUCCUCUUCAGGGUUUGGGAUGCCUUUCUCUAUGAAGGUACAAAGGUGAUAUUCCGUUACGCUCUGGCAAUAUUUAAAUACAACGAAGAAGCGAUACUGAGGAUCCAGGACAGCCUGGAAAUUUACCAGUACAUGCGUUUUUUCACCAAAACCAUCUGUGAUGGCAGGAAGCUGAUGAACAUCGCCUUCAGUGACAUGAACCCAUUUCCCAUGAAAGUUUUACAAAAUCGGCGCCGAGUGUACAGGUUAAAACUGGAGUCUGAGAUGAGAGAACUGGAGCAGAUAAAAGUCGAGUACAUGAAGGAACAGGCAGAACAUGCUGCCAGCAACUCGAAUGGAGCCGUGAGUGAGGAUGAAGAAGAUAUGUAACUCCAGUUUCCUCCUCACAGCUGGCCUUCAAACAUAAAUUUUCACUACUUUGGAAACAAAAAAGUGUUAACACUAGCUACCCAUGAGCAAUGAGCAAAGAUGCACUGGAUUGUUUUCAAGUGAACUGGGAAAAAAUCAUGUACUUUGGGAGCCUUGUUUCUCACUAAGGCCUUUUCUUGAUGUAGUGUGUAGUGUACAAUAUUUCCAAGAAGUCACCGCACCAGAAAAUCUCUGCAGUCUGCUUCCCUUUUUGGAUAACAUCAGGUAUUGUAGAUCUCAAUUUAGAGGUCUGUCGCCAUUCCUCAACCCACAAUCCAUCAUUCUGGGCCUGUGUGGUUUCUGUACUCACAGAUAUGAAUUAAAUACCUGAGAAAACA